AUUUUAACUUCAACCCAAAUUUCUUGCAAUCGAAGGUACCCACUAGCUGUUUCUUCCCCAUCAAUCAAACCCCACUUCGCCUUUUCAUUUCUCUUCCCUUUCCACACAAACCCAGGCCCCGAAUCGAGUCUCUGCUGAGGAUUCUGUGAUGGGUCGCGAGAGCGAUUCGGCGAUUGUCACCACGGCCAACGGGAAGACAGGGACCACGGCGGCGACAGCACUUGCACCAGGAUUUCGAUUCCACCCGACUGAUGAAGAGCUCGUCAGCUACUACCUCAAGAGGAAGAUUUUGGCUAAACCCGUGAGGUUUAAUGCCAUUGGUGAGGUCGAUAUCUACAAGCACGAGCCUUGGAACCUCGCGGAGUUUUCAAGAUUGAGAACCAGAGACCAAGAGUGGUAUUUCUUUAGUAUGUUGGAUAAGAAGUAUGUGAAUGGAGCAAGAAUGAAUAGGGCCACAGGCCAAGGAUACUGGAAAGCCACUGGGAAGGACCGGGAGGUCCGUCGGGAUUCACAGCUACUUGGGAUGAAAAAAACGCUUGUAUUCCAUAGUGGUAGAGCGCCAGAUGGGCAGAGGACCAAUUGGGUCAUGCACGAGUACCGGCUCAUUGAUGAAGAAUUGGAUAAAAUUGUGGGUUUGCAGGGCUAUGUGUUAUGUAGGGUGUUUCAUAAGAAUAAUAUAGGACCGCCAAAUGGAAACCGUUAUGCACCUUUUAUGGAAGAGGAAUGGGAUGAUGCUUCAGCAGCUUUGAUCCCUGGAAUAGAUGGUGGUGAUGACACAAGAGCUGGCAAUGAUGGAUUAGCUGCUACCAAUGUAACCGAAAGCAAUGGUAUUGAAAGGAAUGAUGUUGAGCAGGAAAUUCAAGUUGUGGAAAAGACACGGUCGUUACAGGACAUUAACUCCACUGAAAAUAAUCCCCUAACCACUAAUGAAUGCCCGGGGGAGUCACGAGACAAGUUACUUGUGUGCAAGAUUGAAAGGUCAGAUGAUUGUCCUCCAGUAUGUGUGCUGAAUAAGGAAGCACCAUUACCUUUGCUCCAAUAUAAAAGAAGGCGGCAUAAUGAUUCAGGUUCCAACCAUGCAAGUGGCUCCGAGCAAUCAACUAGGACAACUCAGGACCAGUCAUCAACAACAACCACAGCAGCGGCUGUGGCAGCAACAGAGGCAUCAUCAGCAACAACAGCCGCAAUCUCUGCAUUGCUGGAAUUCUCCCUCAUGGAAUCCAUUGAACCGAAGGAGAAUCCUCAUUUCCCUCCACCCACCUAUGAUGCUGCUAACCUUGAGUCACCAGUGCCUCCCAGCUGCAUGAACCUCAUCAAUGAGCUGCAGAACGAGAUCCACAAGAUCUCUGUUGAGAGGGAGACAAUGAAACUCGAAAUGCUGAGUGCUCAAGCCAUGAUCAACAUUCUUCAGUCAAGAAUUGAUUUCCUUAGCAAGGAAAAUGAAGACUUGAAGAGGGAAAUACAAAACCGAAACCAAAACCCGGAGCAAGUAUAACGUUGAUAGCCAUGUUGUUGUCUGCGUUUUAAUAUGUCAUCUUUUCAAGAGCCAUCGGCGGCAUGUAGCAUUAGGACAAUGUAUCUUUUUUAUAAAACAAUGUUUGUAGCUGUAGGAUUAAGGUUAAGUUUGUUACUGCCUAUGUUGUAGGAAUAUCAAACUGGUUAAUUUUAUUUUUUUA